AGCUAGCUUCUAUAGCGCGCGCUAGUCAUAGAAGAUGUUGAGAUAGCUCUAGAUCCAAGAUGAACCGAUGCUGUACAAAGUUAUUCCUCGUAAUAUUUGCCUUAAUUAAUUCUCCUUGUUCUCUGCAACGGUGUCACUGCCGGUAGUUUUGUUUCUGUGCCUGAAAAUGUGACUGUUUAUUCUGGGGAAAUGGCAAGACUUACAUGUAAGGUAACUCAGAGUGGACAGAGCGGACUCUACUGGCUGAUUACUGAGGAGCGUUUGCUACCAAGUAAUCUCCCAGACUUCUAUCAAGCAAGUAGAUAUAUCUGGAGUCCUGAAGGAUUUGAUGACCCAUACACAACUUCCAUAGCUUUGGAGAUGAUUGGAAUAUCUGAAACCGAUAAUACAUCAGUGGAGUGUAUAGGACAUUAUUCGAAUGCAGGAUACAUUCUCAGUGAUAAAGUGUACCUAAGGGUACAAGGAAUUCUCAAUGCUCCAAGUAAUCUGGCAAGCUCUGCGGUAAUCAAUGACUCAGUGCUGAUAACCUGGACUCCUCCCUCUACUCUGCCGGGUACUACCAUGAGCUUCACAGUCAACGCAUCAGUCGAAGACCACUCAGAAACCUUUACUACCUCUCAACACGACUUCCUUAUCAGCCUAUGUGAUCUUGGUGUUAGCGGUUGUUACUCCAAUUGUGAGCUGAGUGUGUCUGUGAGAAGUAUCAACCAAGCUGGUGAAGGAGAACCAACAUCCAUCACUGUUCCUGUCCAACCGUUCUUAUGUGAUGGAGCUGAACAUGAUAGACCAGGACUCCCUACAGACCUUGUAGCCAGUGCUCUGGACGACUCUCUAUCUGUGUCUUGGUCACGCCCCUCCUCCAGUCACCCCAUUUCCCACUAUAGUGUGGAUGUAUGGGAUACUCAGACAGAGUCCCUAAUAGCCAAUGGAACUGAAAUUACUGAUCUGCAGUAUACACUGGAGUACAUGGCUGUGGGCAUAGAUACAUGCAAUAGAAGUUAUAACGUUGUAAUCAGUGUUUGUGGGGUGAAUGUUGCUGGUAAAGGCAAGACUGCAAACACAACUAUGGCAAUACAACAAAACAUGCAGUCGUGUCCUACUACUUCUGUUGUAGAAAGUGUCACAACUCCACAAGUAUCUGCCUCAACCCAUUCGCCACAUCAUUUCCCCCAAGAUCUAGUGCCACACCUCAUGCCAAUUGUUGCUGGUGGUGUAACAGCCGUAGUACUACUGAUGAUUUUGGCAGUUACUGUUGCAGUAUGUAUUUGUGUGAAAAGAAGAAACAAGAUAGAUGAUGAUUCUAAACGAUCAUCCUUUGAGACUGGAAAGAAUCCAUCAUACGGAUAUUCCCCUCCUCUAACAAAGAAUCCAUGUUAUGAAAAACCGCAUCAGUACGAGUCAAUUGACCCAGUUUACAGUACCGUAACUGAGGUUAAAGUUCAACCACACCCAACGGGUGUACCUUCCCAAUUAUACCCGGCUCAUGAGAAUGCGUAGUACAACAAAACACAGAAUUAACUGGCAGAAUGGCCCAAACACAAUAGCUUUUAUAUUAUAGCUGAUUAACUCAAGUUUGUCACUUACAGCGGAACUGUUGCCAUGUCAUACCUAGAAGCCCUAUAAUACUCUCACUAUCUUGUAAUUUGAUGUAAUUAGACACAUGCAGUGUAUUAUUAUCUGUGACAUAAUAAGAAACU